UCUACAAACCACAGAAGAAGAGUCGUUUCUAAGCUACAGAGGGAAGCUUUCCUGUGGAACUAAUGCUCGACUUCGGUGACUCUCCUGUUCGUGAUGAUGCGGCCAGUGGAGCAUCUUCACCUGGAACAUGUCCUGCAGACCGUGGGUGCAUUGGAGGCAGUAGUCCUCCGCAGCUUUGGUCCACAUGGAGGACAGGUACUGUUCACCCGCGACACGGGACAGGCGAUGCUGAGUCGGAGUGGGACACGGAUUCUCACGGCCCUACGUCUGGAGCAUCCACUGGCCAGGAUGGUGGUGGAGUGUGUCUGGAGACAUAAUGCGAAAACGGGUGAUGGAUCCAAGACCUUUAUUUUGCUACUGGCGUCAUUGCUGCGAAUGAUUCACACGGCUGCCUCGAAGGAUCCUCAUGUGUCUCUCACUCACAACUCCAAGGAAGCGGCAAAAGCUGCCACUGCCAGGCUUUUGGCUGACAAACUGCUGGCAUUUGCACUCGAUGAGCUGGAUGAUCUCAUCUCUGUAGGAGUGGUCCCAUAUGGAUGUGUUCUUUCAUGGAAGGAUUUCACGGCCAAGACACAAUCACCAGUUCAAAAGCUGCUAUCAUCCUUCUUUUAUACCCGACUGGGUCAGAGCAACUGUGACUUCAUCAGUAACCUCCUGUGUGAAAUGCUCACUCAUUGGAAGUUUCAGCAUGACCCACCCUCUGGAUCACUUCAGUUUAUAAAUGACAACUUCCCUGCACUGCACACACCUGUGUUAGGAUUUCCUAUCAGUUGCUCACGUUUGAUUGAAGGGCAGGUGAUACACAGGGAUUUUGCUACACCUUUAACGGAGCCUGACGGUGGAUCAGUUAAAGUUGUAGUUUUCACCGGGCACUUGCAACCAAAAUUACUAAAUGCUGGAGAAGUGCUAGAGCUGGGUUGUGAGGCACUAGGAGAGCAGGAGAACAGAGGGAACGGCACAAGUAUUUUGCACUAUAGCACCUUUGCAGAAAUCUCCUUAGAGUACGUUUUUUCAAACCUGCAGAGCUUGGGUGUGUCUGUGCUUCUUUCUGCAGUAAAACAAUCUGCUGCUGUUUUAUCUUUAGCCACACAGGCAGAGAUAUGUGUUGUGGAGUGUGUGAGUGAAGAUGAGCUUUCACUCUUUACCCAGCUAAGUGGAGCUACACCUGUCUCAGAAUACUGGAGGAUUCAGCCAGAGCAUGUUGCCACAUUGGCUUUUUGCAGACCAAUACUACUGGGAGCCCACAGAUAUGUCCAUGCAAUGUUCCAUAAUUCCAAGGAUAGUGUUAUGGUGAAACCUUGCAGUCUGGUCAUUUGUGGCUCUGGAGAAGGGCAAACAGAGCAAUAUGCUGCUGCAUUUCAAGAAGCCAUCCGCAUGGUACUGACAACCUGGGAGCCUCUGAAUACAAGACCAACUACAGCAUCAAAGAUGGUCAUUCAUUCCCACAAAAGCACAUCACUGCACACAGGCGAUACAAAACCUACAUAUGGGUUUCCCUGCCAGAACUCUGUGCUAGAACCAGGCUGUGUCGUACCUGCAGGUGGGACGUUUGAGUUUCUUUUAAACCAUGCUCUCCUACAACAUAUCUCAGUUUGUGACAACCAUGAGAGUUUUCCUGCUGCCUCUCAGCUACUGGCAAAUGCUCUUCUCAGCGUGCCCCGUCAGAUUUACUCCCACAGUCCUCGCUAUUUCCUGCAAGCUCAAGCUAUGGUCCUGGGUUCUGUUCAGAAUCAUGUACACCCCUGCAGUCUUGUAUGCGAACAAGAGCGCGGAACAAGGCCUAUACAUGGUAAUUGUAAAGGCGAAUGUCCUCCAGAGGAUGGUAAACUAAGCAAGUAUUGUUAUGGAAAACCUGGCCUGGCAUCAGAAGUUGUAAUGUUGGACUCUGGCCUUGAAUCUGUCUCUUGUAAAUACCAUUUGGUUUUGGCUGUGUUGCAGUGUGUCACAAGGCUUUUCCAAAUAGACACCAUGCUGCAUACACACACUAGGUUAAACACACAGUCACGCAGACUUGCAAACAUUUCCUGGGAGGACACAGAAGACGAGGCUGAGAACUGAGAUUACAUUGUGUGCAGAGACGGAAGCAUAAACAUUUAUUUUUGUCAGUGGUUAAUUCAGGUGUGAGUUGCAUGAAACAGUUUACUGCAGAUUGCUGUAGUUAUUUUUUGAAUGUAUUUGCCUUGCUUAAAUUUGUAAUCUACAACUGUUAUGCUUCCAGAGAAAUUGUAAAAUAUAUUUCAUGACCACAAUGAUGUUUAUGGGCCAAUAAAAUGUGCCAGCUUGUCCUGAAUCACGGAUAGGUGUGGCAGUAAAAGUGAAAAGAAAAACUA